AUGUAAAAGGAGUUGGAAGUAGAAUCGUCAUAAUCUUUAGCAAUUUAGGCAUAUGAUCACUAUCAAAACGGUGAAUUCGAUAGUGCAUUAGCGAAGAUGCAAAAAGUAAAGAACUUGAAGCAAUAACAAAAUGAAUCAUAGUGCAUUAGGGUUCAAGAAAACAUUUUAUUUUGUCAAUAUUCGAAAUUAGAUGGCAAAAUGAGUGAUGUUUAAUUAUUGUCUUAGUUGCAUGAGCUCAUUUAAGACAUGAUGAAAAUCAAUGAGAAAGAAAAACAGAUAUCUGCAGCCAAUAAAAAUAAUAAAAAAAGUACUGGUAAAUAAACAGCAAACAAUGAUGAAGUUUCUAGUAACUCGAAAAAGGAGGAUGAUACGAUAUUAAGAUACAAUUACUCUGUUAUUUUACUUAAUAUUGGAAAAUUUGAAAAGGCAUUUGAUGUUUUACUAAAGAUUUAUAAAGAGAAGAAAGAAGAAGAUAAUUUUGCAAUUGUAAAAGCUAAACUUCUCCUAUUAGAAUUGGCUCUAUAGCAAAAACACUUUACUCUCGUGAUUUAAAUCCUAAAUACUUUUAAGACUUAAAAACAGCUUAAAGAAAUUAAAGAUCCUAAAGACAUAAAAAAGUAAAAAAGCUAUUAUGUUUCAGUUAUUUUGGGUAAUCAAAUCCAUAGCUUAGAAUAUCCAGAUAAUACUUGCAAAUAUGAAUAGCAAUUUUAUUUAGGAAUGAUUAAAGCAUAAUUAUCAGCUUAGCUAGGUGAUCAUAAAAUGGCUAGAAAGCACAUUAAAUAGAGCUAAAAGUAUCUUAUAAAAUUUGUCACUGUUUUAACUAGCAAUAGCGAAACAUCCCCAUCUUAUCAUCCCAAGCUAUGCUCUAUUAUUCACUUACACGCUCUUUCUUUAUUUAAUUAUACUAAAGCUCAAAUUGCUUACUAUGAAUAGAACUUUCAAAAAGUAUUUAAAUUAAUAUCCCCUACCUGUGUCUUAGAUGCCCAACUGUUAGCAAAUUCUGAUGAAUAUUACAAAUAUUUCUAGAUCUACUAGGUGUUUUAAUUGAAUAAUAUUGGUUGUGCUCAUUUGAGGAUGAAAAAGAGUUCAAUGGCAGUUUUUUAUUUCAAUAAAGCAAUAUAACUUGCACACGAUUUCAGCAAUAAACAAAACUCUAAAAAAUGUGAAUUAUUCCCAAAUAACGUUAGAUAAAUAUAAUUACUUGAAAAGAAUAUCCUGUCUAAAAUGAAUCACCUCUAUUACAAUUUAGGAUUAGCACUCUUCGAAAUGAAGAAAUAUGAAAAAGCUUACUAUUAUUUAAGUUAAGCUUCAGAGUAAAGAACUUCUAGUUAUAGCAUAUGGUAUCGUCUUGGAGAAAUUUAGAUUUGCUAGUAUCAUGAAAUUCUUUCCAAAAAUUUCACAAAUAGCGAAUGCGGCAUAUAUAUGGAUUAAUUUGAUACACAAGAUAUAAAAUACUCCUACUAGACGGAUGUUCAUCAGGCUAUGAGAAAGAACAGCAAGACAAACUUGAAAGAAGAUACAAUUUAAGAGGAGCACUCGUCUAAGAAUUAUUUUAAAAGAUUCUCGUUAUGCAAUCAAGAUAAAGUAAUCUGCUUGUAAAAUGACAAUGACAGUGAUGAAGCACGUAUACAAGCAUUCUAAAGAAAUAAACCAUAAAAUAAGAUAUAUUAUAUUGAUAAGCAGCUUUAAGAAAAACUAGAUUUAGCAUUAAAGUGCUUUAAAAACGCUCUGCACUUGAUUGAAGGAAAAAUAGAAAAAAUCAAUGCUCAAAUUAAGAAUGAUACAAAAUAUUUUAUUUAUGUCGACAGUGAUAAAAAGACAACUUCAAAUGAAGACUUAACUGAACAGUAAUUUUUAAAUUUAAAAGACUCUAUUUUUUCUCAAAGACAACGAAUGCAUCAAUCUCUCCUUACUUAUAUUGCUUACACUCAUCUCUGUCGACAAGAAUAUAACUAAGCUCUUAUUUAUAGCCAAAAGGCAUAUAAAUUAGAUUAUAUUAGUGUUCAAAAUAAAUCCUGCUGUAUAAAUUAUUAAUUAGAGUGCUAUAUGAACCUCAAUUAACCUGAAGAGGCAAUUAAAUUAAUAAAUAUUGACACUAAUUAUUUGGAUUCUGUUGAUAUGAUGCACAGGAAUAUUUCAGGUGUAAAUAAAUCAGAAAUAAGCUUUUCUAAUGCAGCUAUUUCGUUUGGAUUAAAUACAGUUGCUUUUUACCUGAAAAAUAAUGAAGUUACGAAGGCUUAAACAACCCUAAACAAUAUUCUAUCAAAGUUAAACAUAUAAAUAAACUCUCCCUUGGCACAAAUUCCAACAAUAAUACUUAAUCUCUUGAUUUAUCUCUACCUUUUAUAAAACAAUAUACAAUCAGCAUUAACUCUUGUUAAAAGAAGAAGAUUAAUCACAUUUGUAAGUGAAAAUUCAAAUAAACCUCUGAUGAGGAUAACAAAACAAAGCUAUUUAAAUUAUGUACACAGUGUAUGA